AGCCUCAGCCUCGGUCAGGACCCAAAACAUCUAAACCGCAGUUGCUGUGUUAGCAUUAGCUACCACACUCAAAAACUAAGAGGACUUCACAGAUUGGACGGGAAAUACUAACAUGGCUGUGUCACCAGCGGUCACAGCGUUGUGUGAGAAUCCAAACGAAGUUUUCCUGGACGUCGCCAAGUUGUUACUGACAUAUGCGGACAAUAUUUUAAGGUCUCCCAAUGAGGAAAAGUACAGGUCGAUCCGCAUAGGGAAUCCGACGUUCUCCACCAAGCUGUUGCCCAUCAAAGGAGCUGUGGAAUGUCUCUUCGAGAUGGGAUUUGAGGAGGCUGAGACCCACUUGGUGUUCCCUAAGUCUGCAUCAGUGGAGCAGCUGAGGCUCAUCAGGGAAUCCAUAGCAGCAGAGAGGGAUCAGAGGCUGCCAGGAGGACAGCUCAUCCGACCAACUGCUCAGGCCGCCUCAGCUUCAGCCUCAGCUUCAGCCUCAGCCUCAGCCUCAUCUUCAGCUUCAGCUUCAGCCUCAACUUCAGCCUCAGCCUCAGCCUCAGCCCCGACCCCAGCUCCAGCGAGCUCUGCUGCUGCUACCUCCAUCCAGCCAGUUUCACAACCUCCAUCACAGCCAUCAUCCUUGGAGAGCAGCAUGAGCUUCUUUGUGACUCUCCAGUCUAACUUCCAACAUGUGAUGCUGUAUGAAAACGCCGAGCUGCAGCAGAAAGCUAGGAGCCACAUCCCUCACCAGCAGCUGUCCUCGGCUGCUCAGCUCAAGCUGAAGGAGGCUAAAGAUGCCGACCCAGAAUGUAAACUUGGAAUAGAAGACUUCCUGGUGCUGGAGUUACUCAGGUGGUUCAAACAGGACUUCUUCUCCUGGGUGGACUCUUUGCCCUGCAGCCGCUGUGGAGGUGCGACCCAGAACGCCAGCUCCCUCAGUCCCAGCACUGACGACCUCCGCUGGGGAGCUCAGCGAGUGGAGGACCAUUACUGUCAGGCCUGCAGCCUCUCCAACAGAUUCCCAAGGUACAACAAUCCUGAGAAGCUGCUAGAAACCAGGAGGGGGCGCUGUGGGGAGUGGGCUAACUGUUUCACCCUGUGCUGCAGAGCCCUUGGCCUUGAGGCCAGGUACAUCUGGGACAGCACAGACCACGUGUGGACAGAGAUCUACUCGGUCUCUCAGCGUCGCUGGCUCCACUGUGACUCGUGUGAGAACGUCUGUGAUCAGCCUCUGCUGUAUGAGGUCGGCUGGGGGAAGAAACUGGCCUAUGUUCUGGCUUUCUCCAAGGACCAGGUGGUGGAUGUGACAUGGAGGUAUUCCUGCAAACAUCCAGAGGUUUUGUCGAGAAGGACCAGUGUUCAAGAGGCCUGGCUGCUUCACACCAUUAAUGGGCUCAAUGCCUCAAGACAACAGUCCCUGAGUCCAGACCGGAUGAAGGACCUGACGGAGAGGCUGCUUGUCGAGCUGGUGGAGUUUAUUUCCCCCAAGAGGCCAAAACCAGGAGAGCUGGGAGGACGCAACUCUGGCUCUCUGGCCUGGAGGUUGGCGAGGGGGGAGACCAGAGCGGCUGAGCCAGGGACCUCAACACAGGCUGCAGGUUACGUGUUUACUCCUACUGAGAGAGAGAAGAGCGACAGGCUGCUGCAUGUGUGCUACAGUGCCACCAAAGACCAGUACUGUCGACUGUCCGACGGGUCUCAGGUCACUCAGAACUGGGAUCAGUGCGCGUGGAGGACGGAGUCCGUCUUCAGAAAGGUGGAACAGGACUGGCAGAUGGUGUACAUAGCUCGAACAGAAGGCUCCUCUGUGGGACGAAUCAGCUGGAAGUUUGAUUUUGCUCCAGUGGGAAUGAAGAUAAAGUCUGUCUCGAUCAUGGCCAGUAGCCAGACCUUCCAAACGGGGAAAGUCUGCUGGCACUUGCAGUCAGACAAGAUCACUACAGAAUUCUCUGGAGAUGGGACGAUGCAGUCGUUCUCUACUCUGUCCGGCUCUUCAGACUUCAUCGUUGUAGCAGAACUCAGUGGUGGAGAGGGGGAAACAUCGUGGCAGCACUCUCAGCUGUUCAGACGGAGCAUGAAGGAGACAGAGGGGCCUUCAUUUGAAAUCCUCGUUCACCUGGAAGAUGCUGAACAGUCGUUGUACUCAACAAAACUGGACCCCUAAUACUUUUUCACUCUUGUCUGCUCUGACAAGUUCAGAGCGAACUGUUUGAAUCAUAGUUUGAGCUCUAGAAUUGAUGUAAGUUUACAAAUCAGUGCAAUAUGUGUUGUUCAUCCAAGAUGAUUAAAUAUGCAUGAUCUAAUGAUAGAUGAAUGACAACCUGAGUUUUGUACCUUUGAUCGGACCGAGGGCCAAAUCACCUAGGAGACAUGAAGUCUACGAUAUAGCUGUGCAGAGUUUUAACCAUAAAGCCAUAGAGUUUUGUAACAUAUGCCUCCGCUGUGAAUGUGUCUGUAGUUUGUGAUGCAUGGACACAUUUCACACAGCAAACCAUCUCCUGCUUGUUAGGGUCCCAUACCUGAAGGGACAGAACCAUAUUGUUUUUGCUCUCAUUACUGUUUUUAUUCUUCAUUACAAGCGUUCACGCAGCAAAAACAAAAAGUCCACCCCUUUCUCCUCAAGGUGGCGCUGUAAGGAUCAAUUUUAGGUUUUUGCAAUUAUAUCAAAAAUGGCUCGGCCUAGUCAAAAUUCUUUUGCCAUUUUACUCUCUUGAUUCAUCUGCAUAUUUUCUCUAAAAAAAAAAAAAAAAUUCUAAUAUUCAAACAAACUAGUCAGAGGCCAUUCAUCCGAUUCUCACAAAAUGUGGUAUAAGUCAUCUAUAGACAAUACAGGCAAAAAAAGGAAUUACAAUGAAAAUUAUAUCAUUUUAAACCUGUGUUGUGAAUCUUAAUUUACAUAAUGGCUCAGAAAUCAAAAUUGACUAAAACUAUAGUAACCAAACUAGCUGCUGGCAUCAGAUGCUAAGGUCAUAGCUUUGCUGCGCAGUGUUAGGAUAUUGUGGCUUUAGAUAUGCAAAAAAUGCUAAAUCAAUUAACAUCUAUAUUUCCAGAAAUCAUUUAAAUGCUACUAAAUUUGACAGAUAUUCUCCACAUGGCAGAUAUCAAGUGAGUCCACAGUGAUAUUCACCAUCUUGCUGUAAUUGUUGGAUUCAAAGUCACCAAAAUAUUUGAUCAUAAAAUACCACGUUUGAAUAUAAUGAUAUCUUCUGAGAAGGUGUGUGCGGCUCAUGUUUUCCCACUCACCUUCUCUGAGGAUGCAGAGGUCAUGAGUUCAAACCCUCAGAUGACCAAAGUCCUACUUAAGCAAUAACAUUUCAAUUCAUGCAAGGAAUCUGGAAGCUGUAGGUCCUCGCCCCUCGUACCCUUUGUAUGAUUGACUUGAAAUUACAAACACUAGUCCAGCUCACUGUGCACUUCAAAAAAACCCAUUUUGAUGGAUUUUCCGACAUUUAAAAUUUUUGGGAAAAACAUAUUUUUUGACAUCUCCUCCUAGGUCUGAUUGCUAUGAAAUUUUCUGUCGAUUAUCAUUGACCAGACUUAUCAAAAGACCUUAUUGAUAUCUUAUUUAGUUUUCAAGAUAUUGACCAAUAAUCUUGACAAGGGGCGGGGCUUAGCAGUAAAUUGGUCAUAACUCAUUAAUGAUUUGUCCAAUCCUCAUAAGUGUUGAUAGAUAUCUUCAGGCCCUUAUUAACCAAAAUCUGAAGUAUAGCCAUAUUGAUUGGUCUGACAUGUGGACAUGGCCUAUCAUUAUCAUAUCAAAUAUCAUAAACAUCAUAACUCAAGAUCCUGAUUGAACUCACUGGUGACAUCCUGCGCUAUCUCCUGAACAUACACAGUUUUAUUCACAUCCAUGUGAUGAAGCAACUGUGUGACUGGAUUCACUUCUUCACUGACUUUGCUCCAUUUAGUCAACCCUAAACUCAACUAAAAAAAAAAGUCUGACAAAUUAUUUUUAAAUCCCACAAUUUCCAACCUUAAUUGACAAUUUUUGUAUCAAAAAUGUAGAGAUUUCCUUUGUCCUGUAUCACCCAGUUUUGGUCUCAGUUUUUGAGGAAGUGAUGGGAGUACCCUCCACCUCUCCCACUGACUGCAAUACAAAUUCAGGAGCAGGUGUUACUGGGCAGAAAUGGGCAAAGCUGAUUCUGAUUGGCUAAUUAAACUCAUUAAUUUCUUAGCCUUUUAACUCAGGUAUGAGAGCAACUUUAAGAUAAAUCAACACGGUGUAUUUGCGUGUACUUGUGUGUGCGUGUUGAUGUGUGGUUAUAUGCGUGUGUGUUCAUGUCUUUCUAUAAUUGUGAGGUCAUUUUGGCCAGGUCAGUGUCAGGAUAAGUCUUUACGACAUGAAUGAAAAUGAAAGUGACGUACACGCACCAAGCAGCAGGAACAUUAAAAAAUUUCUCCGGAAGUUUUCUAGUUUAUAAUGAUGAUACUGUGCAAUGGUAUUUUCACACAUAACCAUCCAUUCUUGUGUUUUAGUAUAAACCAAACAAAUUAAUGUCAGUGUUGGUGUAAUUGAAUGAGUGUUAGAAAAAUGUAUAGUGGUAUAAUAAAGAUAUUUUUGCAGUCUG